AUGUUAAGUCCAUUAAAGCGAGCCUUGCGUUCUUUCAAGAUGCCUCAUGGCAAAGUUAUCGUCAUUGCGGGGACCACGGGUGUCGGGAAAUCGCUUUUGUCGAUCCAACUCGCCUCUCAUGUCAAUGGUGAAAUCAUCAAUUCCGAUUCGAUGCAGGUAUACAAAGAUGCUCCGAUUAUCACUAAUAAACAUCCGGUAGAAGAGCGUGAAGGCAUUGUGCAUCAUAUUAUGAACCAUGUUGACUGGGACGAAGACUACUAUUUGCAUAGAUUCGAAAAAGAGUGCUUACAAGCGAUUGAAGACAUACAUGCUCGUGGGAAGACCGCUAUUAUAGUAGGAGGAACCCAUUAUUAUCUGCAGGUACUCUUCAAAAAACGUGUGGAAGAAAAAUUGCGUCCGCUCACUGAAGAUGAACGGAAAUUUUUGGACAGUGAACAACCCGAAUUGAUUCACGCCGAGUUAAAGAAACAUGAUGCCGUGAUUGCGCAAAAAUUCCAUCCCAAUGACACGAGACGUGUGCGUCGUAUGCUUGAGAUAUUUUACACCACUGGUCAAAAGCCUAGUAACAUUUUUGCGGCCCAAAACAAUGCUUUAAUAUAUGACACUUUAUUUUUCUGGAUUUACAGUAAUCCAGAUGUCCUAGGCGCUCGUCUGGACGCUAGAGUUGAUACCAUGCUCAAGUCCGGUGGUUUGGAAGAGAUUGAGCAUCUUUACAAAAUUUAUCAAGAAAAAUCCUAUACACCCGAUCAAUGCCAAUACGGCAUAUGGCAAGUAAUUGGGUUUAAAGAGUUCCUUCCAUGGCUUGAAAAUCGUGACAAAAUUCCUUACGAGCACGGCCUGGAACGCAUGAAAAUAAGGACACGGCAAUACGCCAAGAGGCAAGUAAAAUGGAUACGAAAAAUGCUUCUUCCGGACGUAAGUGAGGAUCUAUAUUUACUUGAUGCAACAGAUCUUGCAAAAUGGGACGAAAAUGUUCGAAAAAGAGCUUUUGAAAUAACCAACAGUUUUAUAACCGGAAAGCGUUCUUUGGAGCCGUAUGCCCCGAAAAGGCUUCAGAGUCAACUGAAGCUAAAUCCAGAAGAAACAAGUAGCCCCAAGGCUACGGGUUGGGAGCAAUUCAGUUGCAUGAAAUGCCGUGACAAAAAUGCUAAACCUCUUAUCUUGGUGGGCCAGAAAAACUGGCAAAUUCACUUGCAGAGCAGGAGACACAGAACGGCGUUAAAGAACGAAAUCAAAAGGAAGAACUUUGAAAAAUUCAAAAACUCAUUGAAUGAAUGUUUUUGA